AGAACCAAGAAAAGUAGCGCGUAAAAGAUGAACCAUUUUCGCGCCAUUCUUCUCACUAAGAAAACGGCGCGCAUCUUUCACCAUUUAUAAACUCACAACCCUUCCCACUUUAUUUUAACAUCACUGUCACUGUCACUGUCGACUCUUCCUCUAAAUUUUUAUUAGUUUUUUUUUUCCAUUUUAAAUUAUUUUCUGAUAUUUCUCUAUUCAUGGAGAACGACAACGUCGUUGUUGUAAACGGCAAUAGAGUCCUCGUCGCCCAGCCUCUCACUGUGCUCCGUGCCCUAACCAGCACUGGUGGUGCUCGCGUUCUAGCAACGCCGCCUAAUAUGAACCCUAACUCAGAUGAUUCCGACGUAUGCAAAACUCCGAUGAUUAAAGUGAAAGACGAGCCUCAAGAAGAAGAAGUGAAAACCGUUUCCGUUGGUUCUCAUUCCGAAGCGGUUACCGAUGUGCGACAUUCGAUGCACUCGGUCGACGAUUCUCUCAAAUCUACGAACACGAAAGUUGCGUCGGUAGGUGAAUCUUUGAAAUCGAUGAAAGAUGAACCAACGGUUCAAAUGACGGAAAAUAGAGCCGCUGUUGAUGUGGUUGGUGAGACACAAAAGUCUGUUAAGGUUGAAUCGGUAGAUGAAUCGCUGAAACCAAUGGAAGUUGAACCGAGGAUUCGAUCGAUGGAAGAAGUUAACAAUGUCGAUUGUGAGACGCAUGGAUCAGUUAAGGUUGAACCUGUUCAAAAAACAACAUCGGUACAAGCGAAAGAAGGUUCCGACAAUCAAACGCUUAGCAAUGAAGUGGAGGCGUUGAAGGUAGUGAAUAAGGAGAAACAAUCUGUUAGCGAUGAUGUGCAGGUGUUGAAGGUGGUGAAGAAAGAACCAGUGGAAGAGAAGAAGAUUCCAAUACCGAACCUCGAGGACGGUGAGUUUCCUGUAGAACCUGGGUGGUCAUUGCUGGGAAGGAAGAUUGAGGUUGCAACUUCAACUGCUAGGGGAUUGAGGAGAUUGGUGGACAAUGAGAUUGUUCAUUUCAUUUUCCCUAAUCCACAUACCUCUUACAAGUUCCAAUGGAUAGUUCGCGUUGAAACCAAACGUUCUGGAGUGGUUGGGAGGCUGCCAAUGGAAUGGGCAAAAGCUGUCAUUCCUCUAGUGCAAUCUGGAAAUGUUAAGGUUCGAGGUCGAUGCAUUGCUACACCGAAUAAGCUGGAAAUGAUGCAAGAUAUAAUGUUGUUAGUGAGUUUUUAUGUUCAUCACUCUGUUUUCUCUGAGUGUGUUGAUACCUCUUGGAAGCUAGAGGCUUGUGGUACCAUUAAUUCUACUGCUUAUCCACUUCUUACACUGUUAAAUAUGUUAGAGAUUGAGCCACAUAGGAAGGCUGAUUUCACCCCUGAGGAAAUGAAAGCUCGGAAGCGGAUACUUAAACUUGAUUCAGAUGAAGCUUCAGCAUUGCAUGUCACUAAGCGAAGAAAAGGUGUCAGUGAGCCGCUGCCAGAGCCAAAUGAGAAUGAACAAGCUCUUUCAGAAUCAGCUUUGAAUAAACUUGUUGGAGCAGCAGAAGUCUUUGACCUGGAGGAGAUGGAAGCACCGAGCACCUUGAUGUGUUGUCUGAAGCCUUACCAGAGUCAAGCGCUGUAUUGGAUGACAGAAAUUGAGAAGGGAGGUGAUGAUGAAAAUGCUGAGAGAAAUCUACAUCCUUGCUGGUCAGCAUACAAUAUAUGCAAUGGAAAGACAAUUUAUGUUAACAUAUUUACCGGGGAAGCAGCAAAGAAAUUUCCACAAGCCACACAGAUGGCAAGAGGAGGAAUUCUGGCGGAUGCAAUGGGACUUGGAAAGACUGUUAUGACAAUUGCUCUGAUUCUCAGUAAUCCAGGCAGGGUGAAUGACAAUAUUUUCACAAAUAAGAGGAGGAAUAUUGACUCAUCGUAUAAAGUAGAGGGUGGCACUUUGAUUGUUUGUCCCAUGGCUUUAUUGGGUCAGUGGAAGGAUGAGCUUGAAACACAUUCAAAAUCAGGCAGCAUAUCCAUAUUUGUACAUUAUGGUGGGGGUAGAACCACAAACCCCGAUUUGUUGUCAGAGUAUGAUGUUGUCUUGACAACAUAUGGUGUCUUAUCAGCUUCAUAUAAAAGUGAGGGAGAGAAUAGCAUCUACCACAGGGUCCAAUGGUUCAGAGUGGUGCUAGACGAAGCUCAUCAUAUAAAAGCCCAUAAAAGUCAGGUUGCCCAGGCUGCUAUUACUUUGUCAUCACAAUGCCGCUGGUGUCUAACAGGAACCCCACUUCAGAAUAGCUUGGAAGAUCUAUACAGCCUCUUGAGUUUUUUGCGGGUUGAACCUUGGUGCAACUGGCAGUGGUGGACUAAGUUGAUUCAAAAGCCUUAUGAGCAUGGUGAUCAAAGAGCCCUGAAAUUGGUCAAGGGAGUUUUGAGGACACUGAUGUUAAGAAGAACGAAGGAAACAAAGGAUAAUGAAGGAAGGCCUAUACUUGUGCUGCCACCAACUGAUAUUCAAUUGAUUGAGUGUGAACAGUCAGAAUCUGAACGGGACUUCUAUGAUGCACUCUUCUUGAGAUCUAAAGUCCAAUUUGAGCAGUAUGUUGCACAAGGAAAGGUUCUUAACCACUAUGCAAAUAUCCUUGACCUACUAAUGCAGUUGAGGCGGUGCUGUAACCAUCCACUUUUAGUCAUGUGUGGAAGUGUUCCUGAGAAAUAUGCAGACUUGAGCAGACUUGCAAGAAAAUUCCUAGAGUCCCAUACUGAAUCAUCCAAUAUAUGCCAUGAAAGUGAUUCACAGCAAAAUGCAAAAAUGAACAAACUUGCUAGUAGAUUCCUGCAAAAUUCUGAUGCUUCGCACUCUGUCCAAUCUCGGGAAUACAUUGAUGAGGUUUUGGGGCAUAUUCAAAAGGGUGAAACUGUAGAAUGCUCUAUAUGUAUGGAAUCACCAGAUGAUCCUGUUUUGACACCAUGUGCACAUCAGUUUUGUAGAGAAUGCCUAUUCAAUUGCUGGGGGACCUCAAUGGGUGGUAAGUGUCCAAUCUGUCGUCAAUCACUCAAGAAAAGUGAUCUUGUUGUACUUCAAUCUGAAAGCCCAUUUGAGGUUGAUAUUGAGAACAAUUUGACGGAGUCUUCAAAGGUUUCAAGGCUGUUUGAUUUCUUAGAGCAUAUUCAGAAAACGUCAGAUGAAAAAAGUAUCGUCUUUAGUCAAUGGACUUCAUUUUUUGAUUUGUUGGAGAAUCCAUUGAAGAGGAGAGGGAUAGGAUUCUUAAGAUUUGAUGGAAAAUUGACUCAGAAGCAGAGAGAGAAAAUUCUGAAAGAAUUUAACGACACAAGAGAGAAAAGGGUUUUAUUGAUGUCAUUAAAAGCUGGUGGUGUUGGCUUGAACUUGACUGCAGCUUCAAAUGUUUUUCUUAUGGAUCCAUGGUGGAAUCCUGCAGUUGAGGAGCAAGCAAUAAUGAGGAUUCAUCGUAUUGGGCAAAAGAGAAGGGUUACCGUAAGAAGAUUCAUCGUUAAGGGCACAGUGGAAGAUCGGUUGCAACAAGUGCAAGCAAAGAAACAGAGGAUGAUAUCUGGUGCCCUCACAGAUGAUGAGGUUCGGACUUCAAGGAUUCAAGACCUCAAAAUGCUAUUCUCAUAGGAUCAUUUAUCGUGAAUCUGACCUCUCAUUUAGUCUUUGUAUUUAUUAGAUUGGAAGUCUUAUUUUAUUUAGUCUUUUGGAUCUACAAUGAAGCUCACAUUGUAUAGGGGGUAGUGCUCUACUUAAUCACUUCGAUAUCUUUUGCGUACAAUUUUAAUGUUAUGGAGAAAGUCCAAACUCAGGUAAAAACAAAGUACGUUGUUUUGUUUUGUAUAUUUGGCGGCACUAACGGUUAAAGUAAACGCGGCUACUUUUGCCUGGUUUUGUAAUUGGAGCCCAUUGUUUUUUGGUUU